AUGGCCGGUCGCAACAAGAAACAACACUUUCAGCGAUCUACUGGCCGUGACAGGCUGGUCAUCGAUGCCUCUUACUUCGCUGCCGUCCAUACAUACCUCGCACUUGUAGCGUUCGGUUCAGCUUUACUGUUGGGCUGCGCAUUGCACUUCAAGAAAAUCGUCAAGAACGGUGUUGCCGGAUAUCCUGACGAGUGGUUUCCAUCCGUGUCCGCUACCAUUGGUGAUUGGUACCCGGAACGCAACCUAUUCCAGAUCCUCAUUGCAAUUACCAGUGGUCCACGAUUCUCCAUCGUGUUUCUCCAGUACUUACUCCAUCGUCAGCCCCAGUCGAGCUCGCCAAGAUGGUUGUUUCUCUUUGGCAUCAUACGGACACUUUCUUGUGGUGGUUGGGUGUAUAUCACUUCAAACGACGAUCAUGACGUGCAUGACGUGCUCAUGAUCUUGUAUAUCUUGUGUAAUGUUCCCUGGAUGCUGGGAGGCAUUCAUUGUACCCCGGCGGGCCACACAGAGUCUCGUAGAAAAAGGUUUUUCGGGUCCAUAAUACCCAUGGUCUAUUUCUUCGUCCAGCAUAAAGUGUACAAGAUACCUGGAGCAUAUACUCGGUAUUCCUUCUUUGAAUGGGGCCUCAUACUACUGGACAUUCUUUAUGACUCCAUAACGGGAAUUGAUUUCGAACGCUCUAAAUUACAGGCAAGAAAGUCGUAUAUACGAAAACUCGCCAUGAAUUCAACUGACUUGCACAUAGCCUACUUGUUCUGGUCCAAUGUCACGUCCCUGCUCACUACGCUCUUCUACUUUUCUAUUUGGGAGCUAGGCUUUUCCGGCUCAGAGGCUGCCCUAUUCGUUUAUCUUUCUCCUGUAUUGUUGGGGAUUGCCUCUUUGCGCCAGUGGGCAAUUACCACGCAAGGCCGCGUGGCACUGCGCUUGCUUUCACUUGUUGGUCUCGUUGCAUACAAGCUCGAUGACCCAGUGACAAGGCUAUUUGUAGUUGGAAGUGCUAACUUGGUCAGCCUAGUCAGUCAUUGCAUCCUGGGAGUGGGCUUGAUACUGUCGUCAUUGUCGAAACAUGCGAAUCAUUCCAACAAUCCGGUUUGGCCAAUGCUAAACGAAGAAAUCGGAGGUUACAACAAGGUGGGAAUAGCGUUGGCCCUUCUUGCACUCCUGGAGUUGGGCACGCGUUCCCCUGCACCCCGCCGCACCUCUAUGCCACCUCAAAAGGGAGCGGGCGCGAGCUCCUUUCACAAGCAUGACAUUGCCAACCAUUGGUUGGCACCGUCCAUUGCUUUGGGUUCUUUGUUUUUUACGUUGCAUUGCCUGCUCACAGACUCCAGCACCAUAAUAGCCUGGUCUUGGACAGGCUACGAGUCCCGCAAGCCGAGAGGACCUUUGCCACACUUAUACGGCGCUGUCACAAUUCUGGCACAGUCAUUGGGACUGUUGAUUCCAGUCGUCCUGCCAUCCCAUGUGGCGUCUGCAUUACUCACUCACAUUGCUUGGUUCGCGUACGGCUGCGCAAGCGCCUUCAUCAUGUACAGUUUCAGAAAUUGGCUGGGCUUCGCUGGUGGCCUCAAUUUUGCAGUCUUCUGCAUGUCGAUAACCCCCUCAGUUCUGUCGCAGGCCGCAAUGGGUGGAGUUAACACUCCAGGUCGAACCUUGUUUCUGGCUUUCUUCUUCGUAGUUGUAUUUUAUGUCGCGAAUGUGUUCACUGCGGCAUACGCGUUUGUGCCGGGUGGUGUGUACUUCAGGGAAAGGACAGAUUUGGUCCUUGUAGCACAACUCGCAGCGAUGUCAUUUGCAUUUAGGUGGCCAAAGACAAAAUUUAGGAAGCUUGGCCCUUCACUUCAUAUUUCUGGAGCAACCGCAUCAUACAUUGCGACCCUCCUUGUCGUGAUGUCGCUCACCUCGGUACUCGUCACUAUCUUUCACUGGCCGAUGAUUGGGCCCAGCCCCUACAAACCUGGAACUGGGAUACUUAAUGCGGGAAUAUGGACCGUUCACUUCGGGUUUGACAACGCAGGGCGCGAUAGUCAACGUCGGAUGCGAGAUGUCAUUAGAGAUAUGCAAUUGGAUGUGGUGGGCUUGCUGGAAACGGACUUGCACCGCACGGUGUACGGGAACCGUGAUUUGACCCGCGUUAUAGCGGAGGAGUUGGGAUAUUAUGUGGAUUUGGGUCCGGGACCCAACAUGCACACUUGGGGAGCGGCCUUGCUGUCAAAAUUCCCUAUCAUCAAUUCUUCCCAUCACCUACUACCUUCACCUCAUGGCGAGCUUGCCCCAGCAAUCGAGGCAACUUUGGAUAUAUACGGAACCGAGGUGACAGUGGUCAUUUCACACAAUGGACAAGGCAGGCUUUUAAAGGAAGAUGCCUUAGAUCGUGAAUUGCAGAGCAGGGAGUUGGCACGUAUCAUGGCCAACUUAUAUCCCCGACCUGUCGUCUUCUUAGGAUAUGUGGUCACAAAACCACAUGCACCCAGACCUGCUCCAUACGACUUCCUUGUAAAUGAUGGCUUGAUGUACGACAUCGAUCCUCACGACAUGGAUAGAUGGUGUGAAUAUAUUUUGUACAGAGGUCUCUAUAGGACGGCAUAUGCACGAGUCUCCCGCGGCAUCGUUACCGAUACAGAACUACAGAUCGGUCAAUUUGUUGUUCCAAAGCACGGCUUCAACCUCGUCAAUCAAACCGAAGAAUCGCGAUUAUUGCGUGGCUGGAAAGAAGAGCUCCCAGAAGACCAUGUCUGUAAUUUAAUUCUCCCUACCUCUCUAAAGUACUUACAGACUGUCAGUGGCUGCCAAUGGAGUACUAUGGUGAUGAGCGGCAAGGAGGGGUGA